AUAAUAAGAAAACCGAAUCAUCAUUACCAACUGUUUAUCCUUAUAAUAUGGAAUUAAAAGUUCAAAUAGAUAAUCCUGAAUUAGUUCUUGUUGAAGAUAUUUACAAUAUGGAUAGUAAUGCAAUUAAACUUACUACUGCAUUAAGUUUUGGUUAUAAUAUGCAACAAAAUGUUAUUGUUAUCAAUGCUUUAAUCAACAAUCUGUCUGUUGCUGCGUGUCCUUACAAUGAAACAGUUGGUGGACCAUUUUCCAAGGAGAUUUUAUCACCUUCUGAUUUGAGUUUCUAUGCUUCACAACCAAUUAAUGGCAGCGUACAUGGAACAUUACAUAUGGAUACUUUAACAAUUAAUAUUAAUCCAAGCACAAUCCGACUGUUAUCAACAAUUUCUGCAUCUGUACAAUCAUCUUUAAGUAGUAGUAGUAGUGAUAAAACGACCAGUAUUUGUGAUAAUGUCUCUUCAAUGAAUAAUGAAUCUACAACACAUGAAAAUAAACAUUUGAAUGACAGUGCAUCAAAUGAUUUUUGGAAAGCAAUUCCUUUACAAGAGUUAAAUAUGCCUUAUUUAGGAUUGAAAUCAGGUGUAAAGAACACAGCUAAAUGUAUUGAAGUUUCCUGUGAUGUCGCGAAAGUUGUGGAAGAAUUAGAAAAUCGGCGCAUAGAUAUCGUUAGUUGGUUUUUAUGA